GGUUCCAAAAUUCAAACUUGUCUAUUUUUUCACAUCAUUAUUCUGAUCAUCAACAAGUCCUCGAUAUGAUUAAUCGCGACAGGACGCUCGAUAUGGACUUUGUCCUAGGCUGUAGACAUGAUGUUUUCCUACAGGAAUCCUUCCCUCGGUCUAUCAGCUUUUAUCCAGCAUAUGAUUGUCCUGACAGUGCCGAAAUUAAAUGUGAAUGUGGUACAUCAAUCUAUUUCCACCAAAGAUUGAAUCGUACGACUGUAAGACCACCAUCACAACUCGCGAGUGAAGGGUUCUACGGCCUUGACGAAGUGGUAGCUAGUGAUUGUUGGCACCAUUUUGUAACUCUAUUUUCAAGUCUCAAAUUCAGGCAUUCUUCAGACUAUCUACUGGCAGCAUCCGGUAUGGCCUCCCGCUUCUCGGGUUACUUUUUACUCCCCAAUUCAUACAUUGGACAGAGAUAUCUCGCUGGGCUGUGGAUGCGUAAUCUUCCGAGUGACCUUUGCUGGUGGGUCAAGGUGAUUGAAGGUCAUUGUGUUCCUUCAAGAGCGGAGCCGUACAGAGCUCCUACUUGGUCGUGGGCUUCUGUUGAUUUUGACGGAGAAUCGCCUUGUAGCCCGGUUGUUUACCAUUCAAAUUUUGGAAAGAAGUUUGAACAAUCUAAAAACUUCCGUAUUCGUCGUGCCGAGACUCAACUGGCGACAUCGGACGUGGGAAAGUACACAUAUGGUUCAGUUUGUGGUGGAUUAUUACGAAUCAAAGGCAUCCUCAUUGCAGCCCAGAUAUUUACACACCCAUACUUGGAAGCUGAUGCAAGACAUACUAUUCAGUUUUUAGAAGCAGAUGCAUUAGACGAUGACUACUAUCCUUGUUUCUGGCCAAAUGUCUAUCUCGACGUUCAGGGUUCCUUCAAACCAAUAACAAAUGAGCCCUCCCCGGCUGUUAAUGUUCUUGACCUGCCCAUCGCUGGAGAUCUUGAAGACAAGGAGGCUCUUGUGAGCGUAGACGUGGUUGAAGACCAGGUCCAAGAAGAUUUUUUGUGCUCAAGUACAAAAGUAUGGAUUUGCCUGGUUGGAAAUAUUGUUAACGGCGGAUUAUGCGCACUUAUAUUGAAAGAGCGUGAGAAGGCAAAUUUUCGACGGUUUGAAAGAGUAGGAUAUUUGCACAACAGGGUCAGAGCUUUUGGCUUUCAGAGUUACGGCUGGCAUAACAAUUUUAUGCGAAGAGUUGAGAGGGCGGGGGAGACAACCGUUGAGAUAUUAUAGAAUGGUAAAGAUGAUCAUGCUGGAGCUGUCAAACUAGGAUAUGAGGAUACGCAAAGACUAUCACGACGACGAUGCAUUUGUUUUACCCGCCACAAUAUUCGUUUUGGCAUUUUCAACAUUCACCAACCCCAUGAAGUACAGAGACUUCAUUCCACAUGACUAUCUGUCAUUUUAGACCUUAGCUCUAGUUUCAAUAAGAAUACACUCAUUAGACAUUCUACAUAAUUCUUCAUAAUCUAAACCGAGACUCAACAAAUUAAAACAGCCUCCCUUGCUUA